AUGGAAGAAAAUGUACAUGGUUUUGAUGUAAAUCAAAGUAAUGAAAAAGAUGAAGAUGCUUUGGAGGCUGGAAAUCAACUUGAGUUCUCUUUUGAUGAGAAUUUAUUGGAACUUCAGGAGUUAACAAUGUCAUCAAACACAGCUGAAACUGUGAAAAGAGCCAAAGAACUGAUGGAAUUGGGAGUUUACCCUAUGGUCCUCAUGUCUCAAAUGGCUACACUUAUUAUGGACAUUAUUGUUGGAACAUAUCAAGUAAUUGAAGCUAGUGCUGACUCAUUGUUUGAUGGUAGAAGCUCCUCGGAAUCCAUACGAGACACUAGAGCAGUUGCAAGUUCUCGGGCUGCUGAAAUUGGGCUUGAUAUUCUAGCACAAACAAUCCAGACGAGCAUUGUGUUUCCAUUAGAAGAAGACCCUAGGGUCUUGUUCAAUGCUUUAGCUGUGUUUGCUCUAAGGGAGAUCAACUUAUCAAAAGUGAGUAAUCAAAGACUAAGGGAGACUUGUAAUAAUGUUUGGCAUUCCUUUCUAGUAAGAAACAGAGUUGUAUGA